CCAAUUUCUUGUAUUUGUACCCGCAGCUCAGAAAUUAAAAUAAAAAAUCCUUCGUUCCUCCCUUUCUUCAAUCUCCUGCGGCAAAGUAUUCUUCUGAGAGAGAGAAAGAUGGGUUGGCUAAGUCGAUUCCUAGCAGCGAUAGCAUUCCUUGCUAUAGGCGUGCUCUUUUCUCCAGAAACGUUCGGAUCAAAAUCGGUCACUCAUCUCUCCGCUUACUUGAAGUUGGCUCACCUCCUCUGCUUCUCCACCGCUUUUGGCUCCGCUCUCUGGGUCACUUUCAUUGGCGGCAUCAUCAUGUUCAAGAACUUGCCGAGGCAUCAGUUUGGUAAUUUGCAAAGCAAGAUGUUUCCUGCGUAUUUUUUAUUGGUGGGCGUUUGCUGUGCAAUCUCUGUGGCAGCGUUUGGUUAUCUGCAUCCAUGGAAAUCAGCAUCCACUGCAGAGAAGUACCAGCUUGGGUUCUUGCUUUCAUCUUUUGCUUUCAAUCUCACCAAUCUGUUUGUCUUUACUCCAAUGACAAUUGAGAUGAUGAAGCAAAGGCACAAGGUGGAGCGUGAAGAGAACAUUGGGACUGAAGUUGGAUGGACAAAGAACAGGGAAGUGGCGAAGGCCAAUCCAAAGCUUGCUGCCAUGAACAAGAAAUUCGGAAUGAUUCAUGGGUUAUCAUCCCUUGCUAAUAUCAUGUCAUUUGGCAGUCUUGCCAUGCACUCAUGGUACUUGGCAGGUAAGAUUAAUCUGUAAUUUGUGAUAUUCUUGAAAAUUAGUUGGCCAUGGACUUGUCUACUUUACCAUUAGUAUUCUCUGAUUGUUCCCGUGCCAACUCAUGUACUCCGAAUGUGUCAAGACUAAGAAGUUUGUUGUGAGAACAUGCUUAGCAAUAAAUUCUGCACACCUAUUCUCGAAAGUUA